AUGGAGAAGUUGUAUCUAAUGACGAUAAUUGUGAGGAGAUGCGUUGAUCAAGGUGACUGCUUGGAGAAUGACUCGGCCGAGGAAGAGUGCUCUCCUACUCAAGAGGAAAUUGGUUGCUUGGUGGCACGACGAGUGCUAACCGCCCGAGUUAAGGAGGAUGAGCAGUUACAAAGGGAAAACUUAUUUUACACUCGAUGUAAGGUAAGUGACAAGGUGUGCAGUCUCAUCAUUGAUGGUGGAAGUUGUACCAAUGUAGCAAGUCUGCUAAUGGUGGAGAGCAUGGGGCUUCCUACUACUAGAAAUCGACUACAAUGGCUAAGUGAAGAUGGAGAAGUGCGUGUCUACAAACAGGAAUUCGAGAACGUGUUCCCUGAUGAGGUCCCUGAUGGCUUACCACCCAUCCGAGGGAUCGAGCACCAAAUCGACCUCAUUCCUAGAGCACUGUUACCCAACAAAUCCACCUACCGCAUGGGUCCGGAGGAGACUAAGGAACUACAAAGGCAAGUUGAUGGCCUACUAGGCUAUGUUGUGAGUUCACAGGGUAUCAAAGUAGACGAAUCCAAAAUUGAGGCCAUCAAGCAAUGGCUAACGCCCAAGUCCGUCGCAGAUGUGCGAAGCUUUCAUGGGCUAGCUGGGUUCUACCGGCAUUUUGUCAAGGAUUUCAGUACCAUUGUUGAACCAUUGACCGCCGUGACCAAGAAAAGGAUUGGAGCUGUACUCAUGCAAGACAAGAGCCCUUGUGCCUACUUUAGCGAGAAGCUCGGAGGUGCCGCAUUGAACUACCCCACGUAUGACAAGGAGUUGUACGCACUAGUGAGAGCCUUGGAGACAUGGCAACAUUACCUCCGCCCAAGAGAAUUCAUGAUACAUACUGACCAUGAAUCCUUGAAGUUCCUCAAGGGACAACUGAAAUUGAGUAAACGGCAUGCCAAGUGGAGCCCGCAUGGAAAAUACUUUUUGCAUGAUGGAUUUCUGUUCUAUAUGGACAAGUUAUAUGUGCCUAAUUCUUCCAUUCGUGAUCUAUUGGUUAGAGAGGCACAUAGUGGUGGUCUCAUGGGACAUUUUGGCAUUGUUAAGACUUUAGCAAUGUUGCAAGAGCACUUUUAUUGGCCAUACAUGCGAAGGGAUGUUGAACGCAUGACUUGUCUAGGUCUCAAAGAUGGCUCAUUUCAUUCCUGCCGUAAAACUGAUGAUGCAUCUCAUAUUGCUAACCUGUUCUUCAAAGAAAUUCUGCGUUUACAUGGUAUGCCUCAAACAAUUAUUAGUGAUAAAGAUGUGAAGUUUUUGAGUUACUUUUGGAAGACUCUGUGGUUACAUGAAGCCGUUCGAGUCAACAUUGAGAAGUGUACUCAGCAAUACAUCCAGCAAGCUAACAAGCAUCAUUGCAAGAUGAUUUUUGAACCUGGAGAUUGGGUCUGGCUUCACCUAAGGAAAGAAAGGUUCUCGAAGCAACGCGAAAGCAAGUUGUCUCCAAGGGGUGAUGGACCUUUCCGAGUGUUUCAACAUGUCAACGACAAUGCAUACAAGCUGGAGCUACCUGGGGACUACAAUGUUAGUGCAACUUUCAAUGUAGCAAACUUGAACCCAUUCCUUGACGAGGAUGAUCCAGAUUUAAGGACAAAUCCUUCUCAAGUGGAGGGGACUGAUGUGAGCAUGGAUGAGUCAAGUCCGAUUGAUGAUCACGUGAGAGUUCCAUUGGACCCAGUUACACAUGCACGGGCCAAGCGUUUCAAAGAAUCUCUACAAGUCCUCGUUCAAAGUGUUCAAGAUCAACAAGGGGUCCAUAGGAACAUUGAAGGCUUGGAUGUGGCUAAUCGAGUUGUCUACAUAUUGAUCCAAGCCCAUGAGAUGCCAAGUGAUGGCCACGCAUGUGGUUAA